AUGAACGUUUUUGUGGCUCUCUUCUUGGUGGCCCUCAUGGGCUGCCCCCUCGCCCAGGCCAUGCCAAUCAACGGUGGCAUGGCUCACCACUUUCAGCCAUCUCUCUCUGCCCACGCCGGGCUAGCCGUUGGGCUCGGCGUGGGCAUGCCUUUUCUUUGCUUGGUGGCCAUCUUUAUAUGGCGCUACAACAAGAACGCCAAGCGAGAGGAGAACCGAGCCCGGGACGAGUGGCUCAGAGACCUAUCUCUGACCACACAGCGAAGAAUCUUCUGGUCUCCCCUGGAGACACAUCUUGCCUGUCAUAUCAAAAGACCUGUUAUGGCAGAAAAGGACCCUGGUAGCGUCCAAAAGCCACCAAAAUGUGUGGUUAAGGACGGCCGUUUACUGCUGUGUGCAUGUCACCAGCCCCGUACACACGACGCCGAGAUUAGGCGUGCCGAGAUUAGGCACAGUGUCGGGGCUGGGGGCAUGUACACCAUUUUGGAAUGA